AUGCGGCUAAUAAUUUUUACAACCAUAAUCACUUCCAUUGCCUACAAUAUUUACGCCGUUCCUGGUGGAGUUUAUACUACUCAAAAGUUUGCGGUUGCUAUAAUCGAUCAACAGAAAAUGGUUUGUGGCGGAUCGAUUCUCUCUAUAAAAUUUGUAGUUACUGCAGCCCAUUGCUUUGAACGUGGCAGGGAUACUAAAGGCAUAGAAAUUAUAGUUGGUAUAAACGACUUAAAUGCCACGACGGACGAGAAUAGAAAAUAUGCCAACGAGAUUAUUAUACAUCCACGUUAUGCUAAAGUUACCAGGGAUUUUGAUAUUGCUCUGGUACAUUUGAAUGAAGAUCUUACUUUAGGUGGAUCUGUGGAGAGAAUAGACAUGGUAUCGGGCAAUUAUGAUGAAUUCUAUGGAAUGGAAGUUCAGGGUGCAGGUUGGUCAUCAAUUGGAGAGGGCUAUGCUGAACUUCCCACUAGACAAAGUGAAAAUUUAUUUAAGGUGUGGUAUCGAAGUGAUUGCACUUCGCGUAAAGUAUUGGGACCAGAUGCCUAUUAUUUAUUUGGACCAUUGAUUAGCGAGCGAAUGUUGUGCGCCAGUAACCUCAAAGGUUUUCCAGGUACAUGUGAUGGUGAUGAUGGCUCGGCUUUGACAACAUACAGAUACGAAUUGAUAGGUAUUUUAUCAUGGCGUUAUGAUUGCAAAGAGAAGUCAAAACCCUCAGUGUAUAUAAGUAUACCUUUAAUGCGCAGUUGGAUUAUUAGAACUUUGGGAAAUUUUGAACAUUGA